CGCAAAGAACGAGAAAUCAAGUGGAGUUUUUACCUAAAAUGCAAUGCUUUUUGGCAUUAGUUUUGGCAUUCAGCAUUUGCUUCCAUUUGGGAGCAAAUCACGCCGUCGAUCGCAGUUGGGAGCUGCCCAAAGUUCGUGUUACCCUGGGCGACCUUAGUCAUAUCUGCGUGGGUCGCCAGGAGGGCGACUUGGUGCCGCAUCCGCAGGACUGCAACGGCUACUUCUCCUGCUCGCGGAUUCCCUCCCUGCUCUACUGCGAUCAGGGCCUUUAUUUCGAUGGGAAACGCGGCAUCUGCGACCUGCCGGAGAACACAGAUUGCCGACAGAUGGAUGUGCCCGCAACCACUGUGGAACCACAAAGUUUCGAUGAGGAUGAAUCCGAGAUGAACUGGUGGCCACACAAACCGCGUCCAGUUUUCAUGGCCGUCGAUGUGACGAGUGGCAAGCAGGUGAAUCCGAUGGAGAAGUACGAUCCGGAUCAUGUGGAGUGCCGUCACUAUGGAGCCUACUUCCUGCCGCAUCCCAGGAAUUGCAGACUGUACUUCAUCUGCGCCUACGGCCACUUGCAUCGCCAUCAGUGUGGGCGUGGCACCUUGUGGAAUGUCGAGAUGUCGGAGUGUCAGCUGAGCGACCAGGCGGUUUGCUACGGUGAAACCCGCGUAACGGAACCGCAGACGAAUGUGGACAUCAUCGUGGGCGACACCACACCGAGCAGUGGAUCCCCUGUAACCGUUUGCUAUAUCGUGGGAUCGAGCGAGUAUAGCACUCUGCAGCAACUGCUAACGGAUCCCGAAACCACCCAGUUGUCGCCGGUUCCAACGGCUCCAUCUCCUCCGAGGAAGGACAUCACCACCUUGACCUGUCCCUCGAGGAAACAGAGCUACAUGUCGCAUCCGGAGGAUUGCAGCAAGUACUACAUCUGCAUCGGCGGCAUGCCGGUGGUCACCUCCUGUCCCAAAGGACUCUUCUGGGACCAGAAGUCCGGCUACUGCGAGAUGGAGAAGAAGGUCAAGUGCUUCCAAAAGUAA